AUGAGACCCUCCUCUGCGGAGCCCGUCAAGCUCGGAUAUCUCGCCCCAAGUCCCGCCACAACAUCGACCAUUAUUCCUGUCGCCAACCCAGCCCGUAUCCCUUCCAACAUACCCCUCCGAACCCUUCCCGCACGCAGCGAGCGACAGCAUCCUCGGCCCGGCCGGGAGCAGUCAUCCUGGCUACUCACGCCCCAAGGUCACGGCCACCCCGUCGACGAAGCGGGCUCUUCGGGGUCUGAGGACAACGACUCCUGGACCGACACGGGCGACCUUGCCGAGCAGCUGGCCGACGAAGAUCCCCUGCGCCAGCGGCUGGACAGCGCAGCCCUUGACGACGACAUCCUCGCGGGCGUCUUCAACAAGCGCCGUGCCAAACAUCACAACCGCCAGUCCAAGCGCGUCCGGUAUCGAGAGCCGCUGUCGUCGGGUAGCAGCCGGUCUACUUCACAACACCGCGGCGUCGUCCUCAGCAAAGAGGCUAUCCGCAUCCCCAGCGUGGUCCAUCGCAGAACGUCCAGGGCGGAGCGCCUACUAGCCGCCAUCAUGGCGGGCGGCGCACGAUCUGUUCACGGCCUGACCGGCAAGCCGUUACUUUACUUUACCUCAAUCUUUGUAUCAUUAGGCGUUUUCCUUUUUGGAUAUGAUCAGGGCGUCAUGUCGGGCGUUAUCAUUGGGGAUUAUUUCAAAGAGUAUUUCCGUGACCCGUCACCAGUUGAGAUCGCGACCAUGGUCGCCAUUCUUGAGGUUGGCGCUUUCAUAUCCUCCCUCAUGGUCGGCAGGAUCGGCGACAUCAUUGGGCGGCGGAAAACCAUCUUUUACGGAUCCUGCGUCUUCUUUGUCGGUGGUGCCUUGCAGAGCUUUGCCACCAGCAUGACCAUGAUGAUGACCGGCAGAGUCCUCGCGGGUUUGGGCGUCGGCAUGUUGUCGACCAUAGUGCCGGUUUACCAGUCCGAGAUUUCCCCUCCCCAUAAUCGGGGUAAGCUCGCCUGCAUCGAGUUUACGGGAAAUAUCAUUGGAUAUUGCACCUCUGUGUGGGUGGACUACUUUUGCGGGUUCAUCAAAGGGAACCUGUCCUGGCGUCUGCCCCUGCUGAUGCAGUGCGUCAUGGGCGGUUUGCUCGGUCUGGGGAGCUUGAUCAUUGUCGAGUCCCCCAGAUGGCUUUUGGACAACGACCACGACGAGGAGGGCAUCGUGGUCAUUGCCAACCUGUACGGCGGCGGCGACAUCCACCACCCGCGCGCCAGGGACGAGUUCCGCGACAUCAAAAUGAACGUCCUCUUGCAGCGGCAGGAGGGCGAGCGUACCUACCGGGAGAUGUUCAAGCGGUACGGCAGACGCGUCUUCAUCGCCAUGUCGGCGCAGGCGCUGGCCCAGCUGAACGGGAUCAAUGUUAUUUCGUACUACGCACCGUUAGUGUUUGAGCGAGCCGGCUGGGUCGGCCACGAUGCGGUGCUGAUGGCCGGCAUCAACGGCAUCACCUACGUGCUGUCGACCAUCCCGCCGUGGUACAUUGUGGACCGGUGGGGCCGGCGGCCGAUCCUACUGUCAGGGGCCCUCGCCAUGGUGGUCUCGCUCUCGCUGAUAUCGUACGUCAUGUACCUCAACAUCGAGUCGACGCCAAAGCUGGUGGUCCUGCUGGUCGUCGUUUACAACGCCGCUUUCGGCUACUCGUGGGGCCCCAUCCCCUGGCUCUACCCGCCUGAGAUCCUGCCCCUCAAGAUCCGCUCUAAGGGCGCCAGCCUGUCGACAGCGACCAACUGGGCCUUCAACUGGCUUGUCGGCGAGAUGACGCCCAUCCUGCAAGAGCUCAUCGCCUGGCGCCUGUACCUCCUCCAUGCCUUCUUCUGCGCAGUCAGCUUCGUCGUCGUAUAUUUCCUCUACCCAGAAACGUGUGGCGUCCGCCUCGAGGACAUGGACGCCCUGUUCGGUGACUCGACGCGCGCCUUGGGCACACCCGCCGAGUCGCCCACCCCGGCUCUGCGCGCCGAGUCGGACGCCUUGCUCGGCCGCGCGUCGCCUGUCCCGCCGCUCGAUGCCGCCUCGCCUGGAGGUGGUCGAUUGAGGGUGGAUAAACCCUAUUUUGAACGGCACCCUGCUAAUGCUGCGGCCAUCCCCUGGUUGGAUAUCGACCCCGCUGAGGAUCUCCGGGCGAAUCGGGGCGGGAAGCCUUUGCGGGAAGCUGGGAGUCGUGUGGCUGAGGGGAAGGGUGCUGCUCGCGGUUGGGGUGGGUGGUUGGCGAGGAUGAUGGAGCGGGGAGGGCCUGGUGUGGAAAGGAGUGGUGGGGGGAGGUAUGUGCCCGUUGAGCAGAGGGAGGACUAGCGAUUGGAUGCGUCGAUGGGUCUCGAGGAAGAUACCAGACGGUGUUGGGAUGGGAUUUGGCUGGCAUACGUUACGGGUGCAUAUAGAUGGCGCCGGAAGCUUUGGCCAGUACUUGCUGGCACUGCAUGGCAAUGAUUCUUGCUUGCUGGUUACAUUAGAUCGUAAUCCAGGUUGGUUACGUAGAUGGAGGCUCUGCUGGGUUGCAGGCCUAGCACAGUCUUUCUGGUUUGAUCUGGAAUUGCUGAAUGCUGGGUUGUGCUCCUCGCUUGCUUGCAGACAUAUUUCCUUCGCGAUAUGUACCGAACUACUGCCUACCCUGUUCUAGUUGUUGACUGCUCAGAGACAGACUCGAACUAUCGUCAUGAGAACUACUACCCUGAC